AAUUUGGUUCCUGCAUCGCAAUCCAUUUCUUCCUUGAAGUUCCUUUAUCUCAGCCUCUGCGAUUAUUCUGUCCUCAUUGAAGACGGUAAAAAGAGCUUUUCACUGGACAAAAGGAGUGGGAAAAAAUGUUACACGCUAGCUCCCAGGAACCUCGCAAUUGCAUGGGAUGAUACCCCUUAUUAUUGGAUGUGGAUCUCCAUACCCGAUUCCAGAUGGUGGACAUGUAGCACAAUAUGGUGAGCGGUACCCAAAAGAGCGAGGAGAUGGUUGGUUUGAGGUAGAGUUGGGUGAAUUCUUCGAUGGAGGUGGAGAACAUGAAGAAUUGGAAAUACAUAUUGAGCAGUGCUAGGGGCACUGCUUUCUGCACUCUCCGGCCAACUCUCCUCCUUUCAUUGGGCCACGUUAUUUUAGUUCGGCCCGAGGUUGCACUUCAGAGCUUAAACAACCUUACGUGGCCCAAUGAAGGGGGGAGUGUUGGCCGGAGAGUGCAGGAGGCGAGUGUUCCUAGCACUGCUCAUACAUAUUUUAUCGUAUGAUAGGAACGCUGUGGGCGGUCUCUUUGUUCAAGGCAUCGACAUCAGGCACCAGUUUUUAUUUUAUGUUUGGAUAAUAUGUUUGUAUGACAUAACGAGGUUUUCUUGUUUUUUUCUUCUUUUUAUUUUAUUUUAUGUGGGAAAAAAAUAGCGAUUGCAAUGCACUAGUUUUUAUAAAGGUGUAAGCUCUGUUACUAAUGAAAUUACUAAUUUUGA